UGUUGCAAAAAAGAAAAAAAAAGCUUUUCCUUUCUUUCUUCUCCCCCGUUCUCCCUCCUCUCAAACCCCCCCUUUUUUUUUUCUUCCCUUUUUGUCACACAAGCAGGGUAAGGAAUGGAGGGAUCGGGGCGUGGUGGGACCAGUGUGGAAAUGUUCUUACGCAACUAUAAGCUCGGGAAAACACUUGGUAUCGGUUCAUUUGGCAAGGUGAAAAUUGCAGAACAUACAUUGACAGGACACAAAGUUGCUAUAAAGAUCCUCAACCGCAGGAAGAUCAAAAACAUGGAAAUGGAAGAAAAAGUUAGAAGAGAGAUUAAGAUAUUGAGAUUGUUUAUGCAUCCACAUAUUAUCCGCCUGUAUGAGGUUGUAGAGACACCAUCAGAUAUUUAUGUUGUCAUGGAGUAUGUGAAGUCCGGUGAGCUUUUUGAUUACAUUGUGGAGAAGGGAAGGUUGCACGAGGAUGAAGCCCGCAACUUUUUUCAGCAGAUCAUUUCUGGUGUGGAGUAUUGCCACAGGAAUAUGGUUGCACACAGAGAUCUUAAACCCGAGAAUCUGUUGUUGGAUGCCAAAUGUAAUGUCAAAAUUGCAGAUUUCGGUUUAAGUAAUAUCAUGCGUGACGGUCACUUCCUGAAAACAAGUUGUGGGAGUCCAAAUUAUGCAGCUCCAGAGGUUAUAUCUGGGAAACUGUACGCUGGACCCGAGGUAGAUGUUUGGAGCUGUGGUGUUAUCUUGUAUGCUCUUCUGUGUGGGACCCUUCCUUUUGAUGAUGAAAAUAUUCCUAACCUUUUUAAGAAAAUUAAGGGUGGAAUAUACACCCUUCCCAGCCAUUUAUCACCGGGUGCCAGAGAUCUGAUCCCACGGUUGCUUGUGGUCGACCCAAUGAAGCGUAUGACUAUACCAGAGAUUCGUGGGCAUCCAUGGUUCCAAGCUCAUUUGCCACGCUACUUAGCUGUUCCUCCACCAGAUUCUAUGCAACAAGUGAAAAAGACUGAUGAGGAUAUUCUCACAGAGGUGAUUAAGAUGGGGUUUGAUAGGGAUGGGCUUAUUGAAUCGCUCCGUAACCGAGUGCAAAAUGAGGGUACUGUUGCAUAUUAUUUGCUACUGGACAAUAGGUUUCGCAACUCAAACAGUUAUCUUGGAGCUGAAUUCCAAAAGCCUAUGGAAGGAUACAACCGUAUCACUUCAAACGACCCUGCCACAUCAGUUUUAGUACAACACUCAACUGGUUAUAUGGAUUAUCAUGGAACAAAUAUGAGAAACCAAGUCGAUAGGAAAUGGGCUCUUGGGCUUCAGUCCCGGGCCCAUCCUCGUGAGAUAAUGACAGAAGUUCUCAAAGCUCUGCAAGAAUUGAAUGUAUGCUGGAAGAAGAUAGGGCAUUACAACAUGAAAUGUAGAUGGAACCCUGGCCAUCAUGAAGGCACAAUUAACAACGGCAUGCAGAGUAGUAGUUACUUUGAAGAGGAAUCAACCAUAGUAGAUGCCGACAGCACCUAUAGCUUACCCAAUGUUGUCAAGUUUGAAGUCCAGCUUUAUAAAACCCGUGAGGAAAAGUAUCUGCUUGAUCUACAGAGGGUAAAUGGACCCCAAUUUCUGUUUUUGGAACUUUGUGCUGCAUUUCUUGCUCAGCUUCGGGUUCUCUAGAGUUGGCCAGAAAUGAAGUCAGGCUCCUUUUUUUUGGAAAAUACCUCAUGUGAAGAAAAGCUAGGCUGUAUAUAAAAGCCUCAAAUUUAGGAUUAUAUGUUAUAAUCUAUUUAUAGGCAAGUCUUCUGAGCCGAUCUUUUUUUGCAACUCUUUAGGAGUAUGGGCUUGCGCCUCCGUUUUUAACUUGGUAACUUUGUUAGCUGUCUUCUUUUAUAACCAUAAUUUGUUUUGGUUUAUAAUAAGAGUAGUAUGUAAAAACCUACUCAUGGAUUUGCUUCAUAGAUGUGUGAGUUGAUGGAAUUUAUAAAUUCACCUAUGUAAAAAUGUCAUUUCUCACUACAUAUCAUUAGUGUCACUGAUUGGUGGCCCAAUAUUUCACA